AUGGCCGAGGCGGGCGCGGCGCUGGACCUCAGUUGGGCCCUAUCGGGGGGGGCCCAGCUAUCGCGCCACUGGUGUACGUGUAUCGAUCCCCGCACCGCGCCGGACGGUGCUCACAUGUGGUCAGCCCUUCUUCCUCACCCAGGCAUCAGCGAAGUGCUCCUACUAAGUACCAUGCGGUCCGUGCUUCGGCUGAGCGAUGCGCCCCGCGGACGCCUGCGGCCCCCCCGACUCACCCCCUUCCCCUUGGAGGAGCCGAGCCACCAGCCAAGCGCCGCAGCUGUCCCGGGCUCCCCGGAGCCGGGCGCGAGCCGCUUCCCUGGAAAGCCGCCCGCAGGGGCCAGGCUCAGGACCGCGGACAGCUCCCUGCUGCCCCGGGGCUGGCGGCCCCUCCGGCCGCGAGCGGCCAAGGCGGCGAGGGACCCGCCAGCCCCCCUCCUUGCCCGCAGCCUGGCACCUGCGGCCAAUCGCCAGGGCCAGGGGAGGCGCCUCCGUGGCUGCUCCCCCGAUAAAAGCGCCUCGCAGCCGGCCACCAGCCAGCCGGGGUCCUUCGUCGCGGCGCCCAGCUUUGCGCUCGGACCGGCCCCUCCCCGGCAGCUGCCGGACUCACCCCAGGCACUGAGCGGGACCCCGGCUGCAGCACUGGUGCUGCUGCUGCUGCGCCGGCGGCCGCGGCGCCCCCGCUCCAGCCUCGACGCCUUCGUGCGCAACCUGGCGGCCGCCGACCUGCAAUUCGCGCUGACCCUGCCCUUCUGGGCGGCCGAGGCGGCGCUGGACUUCAGCUGGCCCUUCGGGGGCCCGCUCUGCACCCUGGUGCUUUCCGCCACCGUGCUCAACAUGUACGCCAGCGCCUUCUUCCUCACCGCGCUCAGCGUGGCCCGCUACCGCUCCGUGGCCUCGGCCCUGCGGCGCCCCAGCGGCCGCCUGCGCCCCGGCUCCAUGCGCUGCCUCUGCGCGCUCCUCUGGGUCGCCGCCUGCUUGGCCACACUGCCCGCCGCCCUCUUCUCCGCCGUGCGCCGCCUGGCCGGCGAGCCGCUCUGCCUGCUGCGCUUCCCCGAGGGCCGGGACUGGCUGGCCCUCUACCACCUGCAGAAGAUCCUGCUGGCCUUCGUGCUGCCGCUGGCCACCCUGGGCCUCUGCUACCUGCUGCUGCUGCGCCGGCUGGGCAGCGCCCGGCCCCGGGGCUCCCGGGUCACCCGCGCCGUCACCAUCGCUGUGCUGGCCUUCUUCCUCUGCUGGCUGCCCAACCAGGCGCUCACCCUCUGGGGUGUGCUGGUGAAGCUGGGCGCCCUGCCCUGGGACAGAGCCUACUAUCUGGUGCACGCCUACUUCUUCCCCAUCACCGUGUGCCUGGCACACGCCAACAGUGGCCUCAACUCCCUGCUGUACUGCCUGCUGCGCCCCGAGUUCCGCCAGCGGCUCCGGGAGCUGUGCCGAGGCCACAGGAGGAUGGGAGCCAGGGCGCGGAGCCUUGGCACUGGGUGACCCUCCCCUUCAUCCCCCAGCACCCCCGGGGGAGUGGCUGCGCAGACACCGGGAAGGCGCAUUGGAUCCACCUUAGAAGCCAGGCUUUCGGGCAGCUCCAGGAGACGCCGUGCUGACCUAACAACUCUUGGCAUGGCCCCAGCCCCACGGCGCAGCCCCCCUGUGCUCCCGAGCCUGAGCCCUUCGGCUGAAGGCUGCAGGAAAGCUAAAAGUUCCUGCAAACUCUGCCAGCUCGGUGCAGUUCCCACGGGCACCGGCGCGGAGUAAAGAAAGGAAGGCGGCUGAAAAGCACCAGCUCCUAGGGAUGUGGUUCGUUCACUGAGGGCAGAGGGGGAUUCACUGUUACUGCUUGCAGGGGCCUCGGGCAGGCACCGGCCAUGGCACUAUCUCAGGCACGUAGCAUGCGAGUGCUGUCAGUUAGCAAUAGGAUUGGCCGUGCAUUUCCAGGCAACUGCAGUUUGCUUCUGGAAGCGCCAGCCACCCAGGGUGACUGCAAAGGCUCAGGAAGGACAAAGAUCCCCUAGAAAUGAACUCCUCGGGGAGCGUUUGGACGCACCCUUUCUAGUGGAGAAUGUGGAAAAGGUGCGGGUGAACUGGGCUUUGAUAAUGUGGGGUGACACAAUCAUUAGCCACCUAUAAAACGGUAUUUGUCUCCUCAGCUGCAAAGCCAGGCUGACCAGAGUUCCUUGGAGGUGUGAACAGGGUGAGAUCAGCCUCCUUGGCAAAGAGAGACGCCAAUAGGGGAUCUUCCCCUUAAUCUGGAGGAAUGGCUGGAUUUGCUUCAGCGCAGCAUGGCACCUUUUCUCUGCUAUGGGCACAAUGCAGCACAGUGGGUACAAAGGCUCCAUUGGCAACCCAAAUACAAAAUGUAUUGUCUUAAAUGUGAGUCUUCACAUGAAUCUUUGUAAAGUGCAUAUUUCUUUGUAUGUGUUAUUUUGCUCUCUGUGGCAAGCUGAAGUCAGCAAAAUGACAGCUCAACAUCAGAGUGAGCCGUUUACAUUGGAUUAUUUGUAUGUUUUGUUUGUAUUUUACUGGCAUUACUGCAGCACUUAGGAGCCCUAGCCAUGGAACAGGCACUGUAUUAACACAGAACAAGGACAAUCCCUGCCCCCAAGAGCUUCCCGGCUUGGUAAACUGCCACCAGCUCCACCGGAAUCUUUAACUGUUAGAAGAGUUUUACUUUAAAAGAUGAUUUAUAAACUGGCCUAAGAAAAUGAGGAUAAUUUUAUCACAGAAGGGCAGCAAAGUAUGAACUAUUUUAAAAUGAUUCUUUAUGCUUGAUUUGUACAAAUACAUGAAUGACCUGUAAAUA